AUGUCCCUGUUGAAUCGAUCGUUUACACAGCUCAGGACAGCAACACGACCUUCCAUUAACGCCAACGAAUGGAUGCAGGUGCGAUGGGCCAGUAAAAAAUCUGGUGGUUCCACACGCAACGGUAGAGAUUCUGCCGGUCGUCGUUUAGGUGUCAAAAAGUUUGGAGGACAAGAGGUUAUUCCUGGCAACAUUAUCGUACGUCAACGAGGCACCAAGUUCCAUCCUGGUGAUAAUGUUGGUAUGGGCAAGGAUCACACAUUGUUUGCAUUGGAACCCGGCUUUGUGCAAUUCUACAAGGAUCCUCAACAACCAAAGCGUCGAUUUGUGGGCGUUGUUUACGACCGACAAGCAUCAUUGCCUAUUCCACCAGGCCAACCCAAACCUAGACGUUUCGAUUUGAUCGACUUGACAACCUUGUCAUAG